AAAUGUGGGAGAGAGAGAAGAGAGGUUUCAGACGGACAAUAUUUUUUGGUUCGUGCUAGAGAGAGAAAGAGGAGAGAGAUUUUUAUAAUUGUCUCCAUUGAACAAAAGCUUUGAACCAGCAGAGAGCCGCUGCAAUGGAGGCCAAGAUCGCCCCUUCCAUGCUUUCUUCUGACUUUUCCAAUUUGGCUUCAGAGGCUCAUUACAUGCUUCAGUGUGGAGCCGAUUGGUUGCACAUGGACAUCAUGGAUGGGCAUUUUGUUCCAAAUCUUACGAUAGGAGCACCUGUCAUUCAGAGUUUGAGGAAGCACACAACGGCAUAUCUGGACUGCCAUCUUAUGGUUACCAAUCCUCUAGAUUAUGUUGAGCCAUUUGGAAAAGCUGGGGCUUCGGGAUUCACUUUUCAUAUUGAGGCUUCGAAAGAUAAUUGGAAAGAAAUCAUAAGAAGGGUAAAAGCAGCUGGAAUGCGGCCUGGUGUAUCAUUGAAGCCUGGAACUUCAGUUGAUGAAGUUUAUCCCUUGAUAGAAGAUGAGGAGCCUGUACAGAUUGUCCUAGUAAUGACAGUGGAACCUGGUUUUGGUGGGCAGAAGUUCAUGCCAGAAAUGAUGGAUAAGGUGCGCACAUUGAGAAAGAAAUACCCAUCCCUCGAUAUAGAGGUUGAUGGUGGAUUAGGCCCCUCUACAAUUGAAUUGGCAGCUUCAUCUGGGGCAAACUGUAUUGUGGCUGGAAGUUCAAUAUUUGGUGCCAAAGAGCCAGCUGAAGUCAUUUCCAUUUUUAGGAAGAGUGUGGAAGGAGCCCAGCAAAAUAAACAAUGGCAACGAUGACCAUGAAACUACAUUACGUAUACAAGGCAAGCAAUUUGUGUCUUUUGCCAACUUAUUCCUAUAUAUGCUUAUUAUUCUAUGGUCCACGUAAAAAAGGCUCUAAUUUAUGAUUUAUUGUAUGAGAAUGUCAUAUAUGUUAUUUUUCUGAGUAUCUAUUUAUCAAUCUUGUCACUUUGAUAUUUAUGCUGUGUGUGUAUGUGUCUCUAGGCCCUGGUUGUAACCUUGCGUCAAUGCCUUGGCAAAUGACUUGAUAGUAUCCCUGCCUGGGAAUGAUUUGUUAUUACUAAUAAAGGAGAGGGUGUUUUACUGAGA